CCAUUUGUCAACUUCUGUUUUGGGCACUUAAAAACAAAUCCCCUCUCCGCCGGCGACACUCUCUGCUUUCUCUGCUGACUAGGACAGAAGCUAUGUCUGCUAUUCCGGCCCUUUCGACCGGAUCUCCGACCCCUCGUCGAACUCCCGCCUCCAACAAGCCUUUGAAGGAGGAGAAUAUUAAGGUUGGCAAAGAGGAUACCUCUACUGCCAAUGUAAGUGACGUCCUCACGCGUCUCCUCCGAUAUCAGGAAUCGGACGCCCCUAUGUCUCAGAAGAAGUCUGUUUCUGCUCUUUCGACCUCUUCCUUAGCCAACCAGAGCUAUCCUAAGAAGAUGAAGCUUAGCCACGACUCAUCAGGCCCUCCUAGCUCUCCGGAUCCUAGCCCUAUGGAUCACCUCCUAGAGAAACUCUCCCAACAGCAAACUGCACUGCACAAGCAGGGUGACGCUUUGAAGACCUCUGAAGGCAACUGCAUGUACCCUCCUGCCUUAGACCACGCGUCGUUGAGCAACUCUGUGCCAAUUACGCCGGCAACCGAGAAUUUCAUCAACACUGCCCCGGCUACUCGACCGGCUAGCGCCGCUUUGAAUGAUGGAAGCCCCAGCGGCGAGGAAGUACUUCGCUUGAAGUUGGAACUUGCCCAGGCUCAGAAUAAGAUCACCCGACUCGACCAGGAGCUUUCUCAAAGCCGUCACACCCGACCUGGACUAGAGAACGUCAUGGCUGGCUCUCCAUUGGAUGCAGACUUUCCUCCUGCGUUCCAGGCUCCUCCUAACCCAGCACGAAUUCCGGGCCCUACGACUCUUGGUGCAGGUACUCAGCAGGCAAUGGGUAGGGAUGGUGCUCAUUCCUGGUCUACUUUUGAUGACUCUAGGUCUGACACCAGUGAUGCGUUAUCAGCUACAGGCUUCAACCGCUCUCGUAACAUUUGGGGACCAAGUAAGAGUGCUGGAGGCUCUUUCCAAGGCGGCUUCCCAGGACCCGAACUGCAUCAAAACAGCCAGUGGAAUGGACGUGGUGCUAGCCAGGGAUACAUGGAUCACAGCUUGACCUAUGAGCCCGCGGCUUCUAGUGGCUAUCGUGGAGAUCGCCUGACGCCUGACUACGACAUGACUAUUCGGCCCUCCGGCAACCGACGAAACAACCGAAUUGGAAUGCCUGCUUUCGGUGCACAGACUGGAUUCGGAGGUGGCUAUAACUAUGGCAGUGGCCCGUCGUAUGGAUCUGAUCAUGGCAUCACUGGACCAACCCCGGCACCGACUGGUUCGGGAAUUUACUCUCCUUACCAACCUACCGCUGUUGGUACACCCCUUUCGCCCCUAGCGAGCGAGUUCACAUCGGUCACCGGUGGUGGACCUUGGAAGUCAGAGCCUGGGACUUCUGAAGGCCAGACCUAUUUACCCACCACAGAGCCUCUGAACUACCGCCGCCUCCUUGAUCGCAAUGUCAACUGCAAUUGGAAGUACAUCGUUGACAAAAUUGUCUGCAACAAUGACCAGCAAGCAUCGAUUUUCCUGCAGCAGAAGCUUAAGGUUGGAACGCCGGAUCAGAAGUAUGAGAUCGUAGAAGCAAUUGUUGCUCAAGCAUAUCCACUGAUGGUUAAUCGCUUUGGCAACUUCUUGGUACAGCGAUGCUUCGAGCAUGGAACUCCAGAACAGGUGGUCAAGAUCGCAGAGGCUAUCAGAGGGUGCACACUCAACCUCUCGAUGGAUCCCUUCGGCUGUCAUGUAGUCCAGAAGGCCUUCGAUUCAGUCCCGGAAGACUACAAAGCUAUCAUGGUCCAUGAACUACUUCGACGCAUCCCGGAAACUGUUAUCCAUCGAUAUGCAUGCCACGUCUGGCAGAAGCUCUUUGAACUGAGAUGGACCGAGUCUCCACCUCAGAUCAUGAAAUACGUGAACGAUGCGCUCCGCGGCAUGUGGCACGAGGUUGCUCUCGGAGAAACGGGAAGUCUAGUCGUUCAGAACAUCUUCGAGAAUUGCCUCGAAGAAGACAAGCGUCCUUGUAUCGAAGAGGUUCUCGCCAACAUUGAUAUCGUUGCCCACGGCCAGUUUGGAAACUGGUGCAUCCAGCACAUCUGCGAGCAUGGCGCGCCAGCUGACCGAAGCAGAGCAAUUGACCACGUUAUUCGCUACGCAGCAGAGUACAGUAUGGACCAAUACGCAUCCAAAGUAGUUGAGAAGUGUCUGAAAAUUGGCGGAGCUGAGUUUCUGGCACGGUACCUUGACCGAGUCUGCGAAGGUCGCGUGGAUCGUCCCCGAAUCCCUCUGAUUGAUAUUGCCAGUGACCAGUAUGGUAACUAUCUCAUUCAGUGGGUCUUGACCCAUGCCUCUCCUCAGCAUCGCGAGAUCGUUGCUGCGCAUAUCAGAAAGCACAUGGUGUCUCUUCGUGGAUCCAAAUUUGGAUCUCGUGUCGGAAUGCUCUGCACUAACCCAGCCGUAGCCACUCGACCGGGCCCUGGAGUCAGCACUGGCCUGGGACGCAUGCCUGCAGGUCCUCGAUUCAAUGGCCGUGCUUACCAAUAAUGGCACUCGCUCGAUUGAUUUCGUGAAGGAUCUGGGCUUCAUUCAACUGAUGAAGGAUCUUAUUAUCUUUCGCCUCAAAAAGUGUUUUUCGGUGUCGCAUCUUGCCUCG